GCAAAGUGGAUGAUUGGAAACCUGGACGACACCAUUUACAGUGGGAAGGAGAACGUGGUGAAUGGGUGGAACAAAUUUUACCUUCAAGAUAAAGUGAGCAUGCAGGUUGUGGGUAAGGUGGAGGGGACCUCAUGCCCGUGUGGCCAGCUCGUCCUGAUGACCUGUGAGGACAAAAAGGUGUAUGCCUACGAUGGAGAGGAGCUGCAUUUGGUGGCUUCAAGCCUGAAGCAGCUGAUUGAAGAGGGAAUAGAGUAUCCAUCAGACAAGACCUACUACAAAGGGGAGGCAUUAAAGCACAUGACCGACGAGGACUGGGAAAAAGUGAGGAAGGGUCCCGUGGGGAAACGAUUGGACGAAGAGCACCGUAAACUGGUGAAAGCAAGGGAGUCCAAAUUCCUGGAGAAUCUCAAAUUCAUCAGACAAUGCAGAGAGAGAAAGAUGGCGAAUCUUCCAGGGGGCUGCAAAUCAGCAGGUCAGCAGCUGGAUAUGCCUACUAACGAGCUAAUCAAAAAACUUCAAGUUUCAGAUCCUGUGAUAAAGGUGGCAGAGCUUUUGUCCACAAUUAGACACAAGACUAUCGACUUAAAGAAGCCGGCGGGAGCAAAGUGGAUGAUUGGAAACCUGGACGACACCAUUUACAGUGGGAAGGAGAACGUGGUGAAUGGGUGGAACAAAUUUUACCUUCCAGAUAAAGUGAGCAUGCAGGUUGUGGGUAAGGUGGAGGGGACCUCAUGCCCGUGUGGCCAGCUCGUCCUGAUGACCUGUGAGGAAAAGAGGUGUAUGCCUACGAUGGAGAGGAGCUGCAUUUGGUGGCUUCAAGCCUGAAGCAGCUGAUUGAAGAGGGAAUAGAGUAUCCAUCAGACAAGACCUACUACAAAGGGGAGGCAUUAAAG